UUCGUUAUUUCCUCCACCAAGAUGUCUUCCAUAUGCUCCUAUUGACUUUCUUUUACCAGGCGCAGCACCUCCAACAAGUAUCCUUGUAUCAAACCUCCUCGAAAUUCAGAGAUUUUGAGGGAGGAGGGAAGUUACACUCAGGAGAAAGAUAAAAAGGGGGGUCUUGAGUGUAGUGGCGGUUCACUGAAUAAAUGAUUAGAUAAGCUAUAAUAUCUGGUUCAAGAAUUGACCUGUGAAGGUCUUUCUUCUCCGUCUGAAACCCGAAAAGAAACUAAUUUUAUUUUUCGGUUGGGUACCGGAUUAGUUGUUUCUUUUGGGUUGUUAAGCUCUCGCUUUCUGUGUGUAUUGAUGGUGUAUUUCAGCUUUACUUGUUGAUUGUUGAACUCUGUUUGCCUUCUUUCUAAGCAAUAACCCACCAGUCAAUUUGAUUAUCCGGAAGGGAGACGAUUAUAAGUUUUUUCUUUCAUUUAUCCUUUCGAAUUGUUAUGGGCAUCGUUUCUAUGUCGGGAAAUUUGGGGCAUCAUUUGAGGAACAAGAAUCUGAGUUGAGCUUGGAAAUGGGAUUGAUGGAAAAUUGGAAUUUUUUGAGAAUUUUGGUUCGGAUUCUCCUUGGAUUGUUGUCCAUUUUUGCGUUGGUAUGGCCUGUCAAUGGUUUAAGACCUUUAAGGCAGAGGCCUCGGUCGUGGGGUGAUGAGUGGCUUCCUUUAGGCAAGGAAGAGCACGAAUUGGGUCCAUUUUCUUCUUGGAAUAUCACAGGGACGUAUAGAGGGAAUUGGAAGUUCCUACAUUCAUCAAGUAACUCUUCCAAGUUUCCUGAUUUUAGGAAAUCAAGUGGAAAUUCAAUACUAGAAUUGAUUACUUCACCAACAAAAAUAACCGGUGUACACUAUGUUCAGGGGAUUAUAAUAUUUCAUGAUGUGUUCAACAAUGAACAUGAUGUUCAUGGCGCUCAAAUGAGAGUAGAGGGUGUGUACAUAUGGCCUUUCAGACAACUAAGGAUGGUAGCCAACAGUGGAAAAGAAGGUGAAUUUGGACAGGAAGAUGAUUACUUAUUAUCUAAUCCAUAUCACUUGCUUGGUGUUUUCUCCUCCCAGGUGUUUCAAGAGUCUCCUCGAGAAAAAAUCUGGAAGAGAAAACAUUCUCCUAUUUAUGAAAUGGAGAAACGUUGCAAUAUUGAAAUUGCUGCACAAGUUUCCCGCACCACCUCCAGAAAAAAUGAUGGAGAUGAUGGUAAGUAUUAUUUGGAAGGACUAAUGGAAAGCCCCUCAGUUGAUGAUGAUGUAGAUUGCUUUUCACCCAUGCUUUUAAAUGCUACUUCAGUCAACGUUGAGGUCUACUACAACAAAGCAGUUAACUACACUUUGAUGGUCACUUUUAUAUCUUUCCUCCAGGUCCUAUUGUUGAUCCGGCAGAUGGAACACAGUAAUACUCAAUCUGGUGCUGCCAAAGUUUCACUCCUAAUGAUUGGGCAUCAGGCUAUAAUGGAUGCUUAUAUUUGUCUUCUGCAUCUUACUGCCGGAAUUCUUGUUGAAUCCCUGUUUAAUGCCUUUGCAACUGCUGCAUUUUUCAAAUUUGUUGUCUUUUCAAUAUUUGAAAUGCGGUAUCUUCUUGCCAUAUGGAAGGCAAAUAGACCUACAAGUAAUGGAGAUAAUUGGGAAGCCAUGAGGCGUGAGCUUUCAGCUCUUUACAGCCGAUUUUAUGGCAUCCUUUUAGGUGGCAUUCUGGUCAUGUACGAAUUUCAUAAGUUUUUGCGAUUUAUUCUUCUCCUUCUCCACUCUUUCUGGAUCCCACAAAUAAUCACUAACGUUGUUCGAGACUCAAGAAAGCCAUUGCAUCCUCACUACAUACUGGGGAUGACAAUCACCCGCAUGGCUAUUCCAUUAUAUGUAUUUGGGUGUCCAAGUAAUUUCAUGCGCAUAGAACCUGACAGGAAUUGGUGUACUUAUUUGGCCCUUUUCAUGGGAUUCCAAGCAUGUGUUCUUCUACUGCAGCACUAUUUUGGAUCUAGAUGCUUCAUUCCCCGCCAGAUUUUACCCGAAAAAUAUAGUUACUACAGGAGAUUCCAUCAAGGCUCAAAUCAUUCCAUAGAUUGUGUUAUUUGCAUGACUGCCAUCGACCUUAGCCAGCGCUCAAAUGAUUGCAUGGUGACGCCUUGCGAUCAUUUCUUUCACUCCGGUUGCUUGCAUAGAUGGAUGGACAUAAAAAUGGAGUGCCCAACAUGCCGGCGCCCACUUCCACCCGCAUAAAGAUUGUAUAUUUGUUCUCAAUUAAACCGAGACGUCCCUCCUAGUUAACACUGGUUUAGAAAUGGCAAAAACUGUGGCUGAUCUUUAUUUCCAGAAUGACAGAUGGAUCCAUCCUUUGUUACAAAUACGCCUACAUAACUGUAAUGUAAUUGAAAGGCCAUAUUUUUGUUUUCCUGUUUUUGUUUCUUGGUUUCUCAUGUAUCUUUUGUAGGUAGAUUUAAUGUCGAAUGGAAAAUGGUCCUCCCCUCCAUUUCAAAGAAAAAAAUAUGAAAAGAAAUGCUAAUAGCAGAUUUUGAGCUUCCAA